CGGCAAGUGUAUAGUGUGUCUCCUUUCCUUUGAGACUCGUAGAAAAAGAAAUAAAGAAAGAAAAAGUGUAGUAUGGGAGAAAGUUUAUAAACGGCAAGAACAAGAGAUAGGUGGCUCUGGGAAUUUCUCCAAGUUAUGGCAAAAAGCUUUGAUGUCCUUUAUCUGCAUGCAUCUUCUCUAUAAUGUCCCUUAAAUUUUAAGUUAUAGUUUCAAUAUGCUAGAAAUCAGUUUACGUUUGGGCCUUUACCCUUUAUUUUCUCGCUCUAGAGUUAGUGUUUCCUUAAUGCAUUGAAAAGCUUUUUCCAUAUUCUGCUUAUCUAUAUAUCUUGCUGCAAUAAUAGGCCAAUCCAUUUGGAGUUGCAGUCUUCUGUUUUUCACUACAUCUUUUAGCAUCGCUUCAGCCUUUUCAAUUAAUCCCUUCUGACAAUAAUCAAUAAGAAGGACAUUCGGAACUCUGAAAUCAUAAUACUAGCAAGAUGACUCUCACUCUUGUAGCAAUUUCUCAACUUCUUCAAGCUCCCCAAGUUUGACUAGAGAACCCAGCAUGGAUAUAUAAUCUCUGUUGACUUGCUUCUUACAAUUGGCUUUUGCAGGACCCCAUAACCUCAUCAUGUCAUCUUUAUUGUCAAGACUUGCAUAAAGUGAAAUCAAAUGAUUGUAACCUGGUCCAUGAAAUGAAGCUGUAGCUGUAGCAGAAAAUAAAGGUUUGGGUCUUGUGUGAGGUUCUAUGCAUGAAAUGCAACUGUAGUUGUGUCAGGGUAUUGGAGAUUUCUUCGCUUUGUCUUUUUCAAUUAUUUCCUAUGCGCAUUUCUUUCAAGCACUGGACUUCAGACAAGAGAAGGAUUAUUCUGGCCUUAAAAUAAAAGUUUUGGACUUAUUUGGACCUAAACUUCCUUGCCCCAAAGUUAAGGGGCGAAUUUGACCUCUUUCCGAGUAAGUAUUCUCUUGUGUUUAAUUUCUUUAUUUUUUGCUUUACAGCUCCACAAAACCUUCAGAUCAAUAAAGAAGUGUGAAGGAAACCUCCGGAAAAUUUCUGCAGAUCUUCUUUGAAAGCUAAAAAUUGAAGUUUCCGGGGAACACCGUCGGAACUUGCACAUGAAUUCAUCUUUAGUCUUGACCCACUUAGACUCUUGCUGUCCCUGUCCUCUCACUGUGUCUUCCUUGGAAACACUAAAACGGAGGGCUCUCUUAUAGUUGUGGUGGUGCUUCUUCUUUCAAUUUUACUUCUGCUGUGGGUAUAUCUUGGAGAGAUCUGGUUUCAUCAUUUAAGUUUUCUGGUGCUUUUUCUUUCAGGGUUUUCUAGAUCAAUGGAUGAUGUUUUUUAUUUUCCUUAUGAUCCAUCACAACCUGUGAACUUUUCUUCAUCUUCUAGUUUUAUUUCAUCUUCUUAUGAAUUUAAUGACUCAAUUAGUCAAAGCAUGUCCAUCUCAUCUUCUUAUGCAUCAAAUCGUUUGACCAGCCAAAACAUAUCCACCUUCUCAGGCUCUGAAGCCAGGCCUAGUCAGAACACAUCCACUGCAUUUUCUUGUACAUCAAAUCGUUUGAUCAGCCAAAACACAUCCUCCCCCUUAGUCUCUGAGGUGAGUCCUAGUCUUGAGUUGAUUAGUUUACCUCAGCUUAGCUCCAAUUUGGAGCAGCCCUUGAUCGAUUAUAAUGCUGCUGAAAUUGUUGUUGAGGGAAUCCCUGUUAGCAUUAAUCGGGGUUUUCUAGCGGAAAAGAGAAGUUUUUUCCAUGAAAUUUUUGAGCGAGGAAAGGGUUAUUUGGAAAAUGAUGGGAAACCAAAGUAUCUUUUGAGUGAUCUGUUACCUUUUGCAAAGGUUGGAUAUGAAGCAUUCCAGUUUUUCUUGAGCUGCUUGUAUACUGGAGAACUCCAUCCUCCUCCGUUGGAGGGAUCAACUUGUGUUGAUAAAGAAUGUGGUCAUGAUGCCUGUGGACCUGCAAUUGAUUUUACAGUGCAUUUGAUGCAUGCCUCAUCCAUAUUCAAUUUACCAGAGCUGGUUGUACAUUUCCAGAGACGCCUUGUUAACUUUGUUGAUAAGGCUUAUGUGGAGGAUGUAAUCCCAAUACUUUUGGCUGCCUUCUAUUGUCGAUCAGAUGAACUUGUAAAUCAAUGUGUGGAUAGAAUAGCAAGGUCAGAUCUUGAUAACAUCUCAAUAGAGAAGGAACUUCCCUAUGAGCUUUCAAAGAGAAUUGAACUUAGUCGUAAAGAGUCUAUGUCCGAUGAUGAACAGGUGUCUGAGGCUGUGGUACGCUUGCAUGAAAAGGCUAUUAGGAGAAUACACCGGGCAUUAGACUGGGAUGAUAUUGAACUAGUAAAGCUUCUCUUGUGGGACUCUAAUGUAACACUGGAUGAUGCCAAUUCUCUUCAUUAUGCUGUUGCGUACUGUGACAGCAAGAUUGUACGCGAGUUGCUUCGCCUUGGUUAUGCUGAUGUCAACCAUAGAAAUUCACAAGGCUACACACCUCUUCACAUUGCAGCAAUGCGAAGAGAACCAUCAAUCAUUGUGUCUCUCCUAAUAAAAGGGGCUAGUGCUUCAGACUUAACAUUUGAUGGGCGAAGUGCUCUUAGCAUCUGUCGAAGAUUGACUAGCAUAAAAAAUUAUAAUGCUGAAACAGAGCAGGGUCAGGUAACAAAUAAAGACCGACUAUGCAUUGAUAUUUUAGAGAGAGAAAUGCCGAGAAACCCCAUGGUUGAUGAUGCUUCCAUCACUUCCCAAGAUGCUGCAGAUGAUACUUUUGAUUUGAAUCUCUAGCCUGUUCGCUAAAGAUGACGUAUGUCUAUCUUUGUUAGCAAUGUGUACUACUACUCGGGUAGUAAACCAAGCUGUCUAUUUGAUUUGUUUAUAAGACCAAGUUAUGUUGUUUGA